GUUCUUGUAUCCGCCAUGUUGGAUCCAUAAAGAAACAUCAACUACGGGAUUACUAAGCCUUUUGCAAAUAGGAAGAGAAUUGCUACGGUCAUAGAUUUAAUAUGUCUGCCACUGAAUAUAAUAACUUACUCUUCGCAAUAAGUCGGAAACUCGACGAACUGAAUGCACUCGAUCACCUUCUGUUCAUGUGCAGAGGGAAUCUGGCGCCAGGCAGCGAAGGCAUCAUCCAUGAUACUCUGUCGUUGUGUAAAGAGUUGGAGGAAAAUAAUAAUUUAGGAAGUGAUCGCCUUCAGCUAAUGAAAAGACUGUUGAGGGGCGUCGAAGACUGGGCUCUUCUUGAAAAGGUGGAGAAAUUCGAGCGCAAAAGAAAGGAAUACAAGGCCUUGCUUGAAAAGAUAAUUUAUUCACUCGAUACGCUCAAUGAUUUGGAACGGCUGAUCGCGAUAUGCAGGGAAAGUGUUCGCGAAGGGAGUGAAGGCAACAUUGAGGAUGUUCGCUCGCUAUUUAGAGAACUGGAGAAUCAAGGCAAUCUUGAGAUUGACUAUCUCGAUGUUGUGAAGAACAUUCUAGCUGAAACAGAGUCAAACGAGCUUUUGAAGGAACUCGAACAGUUCGAAGAACGAAGAAAUCGGGAAGAUAAAUCCGAAGCGAGGAAAGGUAUUUCAAUCUCUGUUUUCUGUUUUUAAUGGUCAACAAUAACUUUUAUAAAUGUUCUCGAUAAAAAGUAUAAAAAGUCCGUAGUAUUUGUUGCCGCUCUUGUCCUCGACAAGCUGUACAUCAUCCGGGUUUGAUUGAGGGAAUUAAUGGAAUGUUCAAGAACCUCAUACUAUUCAUCUUCGGUUGUAGGGAAACAACACCGCAAAGAAAUGCGACAAAACAUGAGAGACAGGUUGAUUCUUUUUGUAGACGCAUAACAGUCUGGUCUGAAAGUCUGGUCUGAUUUGCUUUGUGUUAAUGGACUUGUUUCAACAGUCUGGUUUACCAAUUAGUAGAACUUGAUAAUACUUUCUAAAUUAAUCGGUCUAUCUUUUGCCACCAGACAAUCAGUUGUCUGCAUAAGAUGAAAUUCUAUGGCAUACAAUUCUAAUAAAUUAAUUGAAAAUAAUUAACCCUAUUUUAAAUGUGAAAUUUAAAAACGAGCACCAGAACUUUGAGGGCAAUGCUUAAAACAACCCUGUGAUAGAUGUGAAGGCCAGUUUGAUCCUCAACAAAAAAAAUUAUUUACGAUCCUACCUGCAGUGUAAAAUAGAAAGGAAGGUUGCAGGUAGGGUUUAUCUGUCGAGGCGUAUACAACCCUGUUCCCAGCUUCUUUUCUCUUAACCUUUCUCGAGGAAUGUUGAAGUGUGUAGGCUGGUUUUCUUUGACAUUAUCUCGUAGGAGGCUGUAAAUCCUCUGAGUUUUAGCCUCGAGAAAGUAGGGAGAGAUACCACAUGUGAUAUGAAAAAUCAUGUUAUUAACUCAGACAUGAGGACUGACGGGGAAGCUUUCCACCACAAUAUUUACCUCCUAAAGAAGUUUUGUUUUAGUAUCCCUCCUUGAGUAGGUUACCAACUAUCUUGAGAUCCUUGUCCUUAACCUUCAAGUGGGCUUAUUUAACGGUGCAGCUGACUUAGUUACUAAGCACUCUUAAUGUAAAUCUCAUGAAAGAGAGAAAGAACCUGAGACAGCUUUCUUUGAUAGAGUUGAAGUCCACUUAACUGUCUGACACCUGUUGUUCCAUUUAUAUAGCACAAAGAGCUGCUCUUAUGUCAUCCGUCAGAAGCACAUUGGUAGGAGGUAAGCCAGUAAAAAAAAUGUUUUGGUAAAUUCUCUUAAAAGGGCUCACCCUGUACCUUGGACUUGACAGUUUAAGACAAUAAGGGAGUAGAGGAUAGGGCCAUUAUCUAAAAGUCUUGGCUCCAACAAAGAGUCAACGUGAAACCGCAUUCUUUUUUGCGGCUCGAAUUAGUUUGAAAAACAACACCACUAUCCUUUGUAGAAUGAGUCAUAUCACAAAAUAUAUAUAUAUUUUUUUAUUAUUUUCAGUGGUGAACAUUAAAACAGUAUUCAAAGUAGUUGCUGGCGGCCUUACAGUCGUUUCUGCCAUGGAGGUUUUGAGUCGUUGGUCCUCAUUUGAUCAGCUGGUUGCAGCCGUACAAACCUGUGUGCUUCCAGCCGGCACAAGGCUGGUUCAAAUCACAGAUGGCUGUGUGUGCCUCACAGUUCAAGCCGAAAGUUUAUCAGCUCUUAAACUUUUGUGGAAGUUGUAUCAGGAUGGAACCCUUCAAAAACAUCUGUACGAUUUCUUUGUCACUGAUGAGGUGAGAGAACUCGCCGAUGGAGAGGAUGUGGAGGUGAAUGUCACCAUCGAUGAACGCGAAUAUCAGAAAGCUUGUGUCGAGCUCAUACAAGGGGCCCAAGGUGACCUUGCAUUGUUAUGUUUGAUUCAUUUUUUAGCGAAUUUAUGAGCCCGGAUUUCCAUACGGAUCGUGUUAAGUGUUCCUUGAUGCAUAUCUUUUUUCGUUCCCGCAUAUUAAUGUAUUUGUGGCUGUUCACCAAAUAGAUUGUCAACCUUACCACCCUUAAUCUUGCAAGUCCGAAAUAAGAUACUGGCACCAUUUUUCAGCAAUUUAACUAAAGUUUUUAUCUGUUCUUUCUGCUUAUUUAUAGUGCGUUCAUUUGAAGUCAAAGUUAUCGUGCUAAUAAUAUAAGUUUUAAAGUUACCAUUAUUGAUUUUUAUUCUACUACUUUUAGGAGGUGCAACGAUUGACAGUGUUGAAAGAAAACGGCGAAACUCUGAUUCAGCUGUGUAUUUCAACGCAAAAGAAUUACCACUGUCAAGGCUUGAAUGUCUAGAAACAGAAUUAAAAUAUCUCCAUAACAGAAUUACACUUCUGGAGGAAAAAAACCAGAAUUUGGGAUCGCACUCUUUGGAAAAAGUGGAAAUCGCACCUUUAGGAUCAUACGAUGAAAGUUUUGGUAAGAACUGAUUGUGAAAUUCAACACUAUAGGACUUAGGUGUUGUUGUUUGUUCGUUUUUCUUGUUGUUUUGUGUUUUUCCGUUGUCAUGAAUUACCAUCCUCGGCAUUUCCUUUUGAUUGUUAUGUUACCAAGUUCCCUAAAAAAUGAAAACGUAGAUCACCACUGAAAACCGCCUUGGCGAGUUUGAUCCCCUCAUUGCAUAUCAUUAUCAUUAUUAUUGCUAUUAUUAUUGUUAUUAUUAUCAUAUUUAUUAUUAUUAUUAUUAUUAUUAUUAUUAUCAUUAUUACCAUAGUUAUCACGGCUCUAACUGUGAGGUAAUCUGUCUCAGAUUACAAACCAUGGGACCCCACGACAAUGGAGAAAGACAUUUUAAAGAUGGAAGGAUCAGAAAGACGCGAGAGUAAACAAACAAUGAAAUUUAUGGGCGCAGAAAAAAUAGAUUUUGUACAGAGGUAUAUAGAAAAUGUGCAAGAGACAUAUAGCUUGACGACUGAGACAAGUGACAGUGGUUUGGGAGCACGCACUGCUGUGUCCGAAGAGGAAACAGAAGAUGUGAGAGGUAAAACUGAUUUAACUGUCGUUUCGGUCGUUAUUUUUAAUGAAACAAUGUUAACGGUGACUCGUUGUAAAGAGCAAAGGGGGAAAGGAGGAUGAAUGUCAAUCACAGCUUAUCGCGAGAAGUCAAAUCCAAAUUUGCGUUUGAAGAAGAAAGAUGUAUUUUCAUUUUUGUUUUCAUUUUAAUUUACACGCAGUUUUGGGCGUAGCACUCGAGCCGCAAAAAAAAACAUCAAUAUUGCUUCUCGUUUAUCCAUUUAUCUGAAAAGAAGUGGCCCUCUUUUCACCCCGUCGACAGCCAUUUAGGCCGUUCAUGCAGCCAAAAUAAUCACUCGACAACGACUAUUUAAUCACCGACAGGCUAACAUUAUGCUGCAUGGUGAUUCACCUAGGCAGACAACCAUUGACAACUUUUAAUGCGCUUAGGGAAAACAAAAAUGUUUCCAACAAUAAAGGUGAACGUUUUAAAAACUACUUCACUAUUUGUUUUCUUUUGUGGACAUUAUCUGCCCAAGCAUAAAAAAAAUGUCUCAUCCAUCAGAAAAUGCUACAUUACACCCCAUCCAUUAUGAAAACAAUCCGUCCGUCAAAGGUCGCUCCUCUCGGUCCCAAAGGUGGCCUUUGUGGAGAAAUUCAACGUAAUCAAAUAUUUCUAAUCGUUAUUUUUCCUUUUAACCUUAUUCAGAUUCCAGUACAAUUUGCGUUAAAGAUCUGGGGGAAGAGUCAAUAAAUGAAGUGGAUCGGAAACUUUCUGUAGAUAAAGUUGGGUUGGAAAGGGUUUUUCGAUUUUUUGGUCUUAAAGUGGACUUUAGACCUUCCAGUCAUGUUUCUUGUAUGAGGCAGAUCGCACAUAGCUUUCCAAACACUCCUGUUGACCUAAUGAGGCAAUGUUUCGAGGCACUUCAAAUGUAUGAUCUUGUUGACCUUCUGGAGAAGGCGGUGAAAACAAUUUCACUUCGUCCUGUCCUUUCAUUUGGAGAAGUCGAGACGUUACGCACUGGUAAUCUUCCCACAAAGUCUCACAAUAAUGUGGUAGUACUGGUAGUAAAUGACAGUGCGGACAAAGACCUCAAUCAAAAGAUUGAAGGAUUUUUUAAAGAAUUAAAUUCACAGAACGAUGUCACUGUAAUUAGAUCUUCUAGGUCGGAAGAAAAGCUCAAGGAACUGAGGGAUUUGAAACAGAACCAAAUGCAUAUGAAUCAGAAGCAAAUGUAUUUGAAACGACUAAGCGAGGUGGUAAAAAUAGGGACAAAAUUGAAGUCUACAGCCGAAAACCGUAGAUUGGAUCGUCAGCUCCUUGAGGUGAAGUUUGAAAUCGCACUGCUUGAAAAAGAAAUGGCAAUGAACAAACCGCUUGUGGAGGAGCAACUGAAAGAGAACGAGGAGACUAAAACGAUCAUAAUGUCUACAAUGGACAACUGGAUUCAGAAUCAAGGUUGGUUGUAAACUACUUUCUAAGCGUAACAGAGUAUCGACUGUGUGAAAUAGUUAAUUAUAUCAAGGUUUGAAACACAAAAGAAAAAAACCUCGAGGCUCAUACGUCUGAGAACAGUUUGAAGGAUACGAAACAACAUCAGCUGAGGACUUGGCCCACGAAAUAAUCUUCAUGACAUGACAUGUGAUGAAAUUAAAAAAGGGGGUUGUUUAAGAGAUAUGAUGGGCCAAACUUACCCCAUUUGUGCCUGUUCUGACACUAAUCACGCGCGUCAUUUCAUCGGUUCACAGUACGUUUUGCUGCAGCUGAAAACAAUGGUUUUUAAAGUAACACUUGAAAAAUUCGCUUGGUAGAAAGUCUCGUGCGUAUGGAACAAUUUGAUAUAUAGUUUGUGGGGAAAUCACGCAAAUUUAAACUACAUCGACUCAAAAAGUUCCCCGAGCCGUUCCUUUCAAGUUAAUAAUUUGCAUAGUUUUAACCAUCUUUUUCCCCUUAGAAUAAUUUUUUGUUAAUGCCCCAAUUUAAAGGGGAUAAUUUGUACUCCAAAAUUACGCAAUAGAAAAUAUAGGUCACCGUGCUCGUUCAAGAGCUAAAAACUAUCGUAUCUUUUUACCUGGUCCAUUAAUUAAAAAAGAAAACCAUGUUGUCACAAUGCGCGCGCUUAUUAGCCUGAUUACGUGAUUCCUAUGCGCAGUACAGAAUGCGCAGUGCAAUACUGAGGAAUCACCUUAACACCCCUUUGUCCAGGACAAUGAGAGAAGGAUUAUGCAUAAAAUAUUUGUCAGUGACACAAAAUCGUAUUGAGACAAGCUUAUCGGCUUAUCGUCGUCACAAUUUCUUGCUUUUCUUAGUCUCUGUUCUUUUUAUUUAUAUUUUAUUGUUGUUAUUUUCGUUCAACAGAGAAAUUCACCGCGAUUUUUCUAGCUUUCAUCAUCGAUGAAGAGAAAUCAAUUUAUGAUUAUAAUGUUUUAUCAGAAUGUGUGGCGUCCAAGUUGUCAUCGCUUCCAUAUCACACGAAAAUCGUGGUUGGUGCUCCAAGGGGGAAAAUCGUUCGUAAGGUUCCUGAGAUGCUAUCUAUUGGUUCUCCAGACAGGCCAAUUACCUCCUCGAUCUUCAAUUCGAUGAUUGAGAUUUUCAUCAAGCGAUACCACAAAGUGGAUCUCGUCUCAAUGAUGAGAGAAUUAUUAAGAACAUGUCCGGAACUAAUUUCUAAACGUGGUAUGAAUGACUUCCGAAGCAAUCUUUCUACUCUUCCGAGUUUUGAGAAAAGGAAAGAACUGGAGCUCGAGCGACGCUAAUCAUAUGUGAAUUAAACGAGACACUAUUUGAAAUAAGGAACAUUAUCAACAACUAAUAAGGGACCAGUCAUCCGAUCAUUAUCUAUCGCCUA